AUGUAUACUAAACCGGACUUAUCAGCGAAAGGCCAUGAAAAGGUAACCCCAAGGCAAUGAGGAGGAGGGGGUGUCAUCAUGUUGCACAUCACCAAGGAGUUGAAAUUGGAUACUUGGAAUGAUCGUUUGCUUUUUUUGAUGAAGAAAAACCAGAGUAGCUGUAUCGUGAUUUCCUUAAAAUAGUGACGGAUAUACCAUGGCUGGACGAAGGAUACACAAAGACGAGGAGGAAAUAGCAGGAGGGGAUCCGCACCUUGUCGCCCAUGGAACUCCGUGUGGCCGCCCGAGGUCAACACGAAAGGAGAAGGGAAAGAAAGGGGGAGAAGAUGAGGUGGAUGACCAAGCAGAGAGCUUUGCUUACAAAAUUCUUUCUCAGGAGCAGUGUACGGAACUUCUGAGCUUGGAGGUCACUGAUAUUCAAAAAAAAUUAUGUGAAAUCUUUAAGUUGUCCAACUACAGCACAGAUCUGCAGGAUGCUGCUACAUUAGAUUACUACACAAGUGCCACCUGGUGGGGGAAACAGCAGUCAUUUACUCCUCAACAGCUGUCUGGAUUUUUCACAGUGGUGCAUACAUUAUUUGCAAACGUUAAAGAUCAACACAUGCAUUUAGUUGAUAACCUGAAGGAAAUGCAGAAAAUGCUACGGGGGGUAGAACCAGAGUAUUCUGAUGUGAAAUCAGCAGGCCUGGACUUUUUUAACUUGCAGCAGGCCAAAAGCAUAUCGGAGUACAUGUUCACAAGUCUUUUUCAACACUACAAGUUGUUUGAGUUUAUGUUCUCUCACACUCAAGCAGAGGAAAUAAUAGGGACAGAUUUGGAGAUAGAGGUGGCAAAGCCAGCCUCACUGCCCUUCCCCCCACCCCUGGAUGAGGGAGUAGAGGAGAGUCUGUUCUCUGCAUACAUAGCCACACCUCCCCCCUCACCAGAACCACAGGUUGAAGAAUCAGUAAAAUCUUCCGAGCCGCCAGUGGUGGAGGACAUUGAUGCUUUCUCUGAACUGACUCCGCAAGAUGUCAUAGAGGUGGUGGAAAGUGUCACAAAGGAUUUGAUGUCAGGCCUACAGUUGGAUAUAGCAGCAAAGCUCCGAGAGAAAGAAAAUAAACUGAUUGAAAGAAUCAACAAAGUUCACAAUAUUGCUGGGACAACAUAGCACAUAAACAUUCUAAUUCUAUGUAUGUACAUUGUUUGUCAUAUAUGUACCUGUUUUGUUACCAUGUAAAUAUAUACACUUACAAAUAAAAAUGUAAAACUCAG